CGAUUUCGAUUCUCGUCGGAGGUGGUUAAACAAUGGCGGCUGCUUCGAAUGGGAGUGAGUAUUUCGAAUUCGAUGUAGAAACAGGUAGAGAAUCGUUCGCGCGGCCGUCGAACGCCGAUACAGUGGAGCAAGAUGAAGAAGAUCUACGGUGGGCGGCGAUCGGAAGGUUACCAUCGCAGAGGCAAGGUAGUCAGAGUGCGAUUCUGCUUCGAUCGCAAACGCAAACGCAGACUUCUGGUUACGCUGAUGGAAACGUGGUUCAAACGAUUGAUGUGAAGAAAUUGGAUCGUGCGGAUCGUGAGAUGUUGGUUCGUCAAGCUCUUGCUACUAGUGAUCAAGAUAAUUUCAAACUUCUCUCUGCUAUUAAAGAACGUCUUGAUCGAGUUGGUAUGGAGGUACCGAAAAUCGAAGUCCGGUUCGAGAAUUUGAAUAUUGAAGCUGAUGUUCAAGCUGGUACAAGAGCUUUACCAACUUUGGUUAAUGUCUCUCGAGAUUUCUUUGAGCGUUGCUUAAGCAGCUUGAGAAUAAUCAAGCCUAGGAAACAUAAGCUAAAUAUUUUGAAAGAUAUAAGUGGGAUUAUCAAACCAGGAAGGAUGACUUUGUUAUUAGGACCACCGGGUUCCGGAAAAUCGACGUUGCUUCUUGCUCUUGCAGGGAAGCUUGAUAAGAGUUUAAAGAAAACGGGUAACAUUACCUACAAUGGAGAGAAUCUUGAUAAGUUCCAUGUUAAAAGAACUUCAGCAUAUAUUAGUCAAACAGAUAAUCACAUUGCUGAACUCACUGUUCGCGAAACGCUUGAUUUUGCUGCGAGAUGUCAAGGCGCAAGCGAAGGAUUUGCAGGUUACAUGAAAGAUCUAACCCGAUUAGAGAAAGAGAGAGGUAUACGUCCUUCUUCCGAGAUUGACGCUUUUAUGAAGGCUGCUUCUGUCAGUGGUGAAAAGCAUAGUGUUUCGACAGAUUAUGUGCUUAGAGUUCUUGGUCUUGAUGUAUGUUCUGAUACAAUGGUUGGUAAUGAUAUGAUGAGAGGUGUUUCAGGAGGUCAAAGGAAAAGAGUAACAACAGGAGAAAUGACUGUUGGACCAAGAAAAACCUUGUUUAUGGAUGAAAUAUCUACUGGUCUUGAUAGCUCAACAACUUUCCAGAUUGUGAAAUGUAUCAGAAACUUCGUUCAUCUAAUGGAUGCAACUGUUCUUAUGGCACUUCUUCAGCCUGCACCAGAAACAUUUGAUUUGUUUGAUGACUUAAUUCUUCUCUCAGAAGGUUACAUGGUAUAUCAAGGUCCUCGAGAAGAUGUGAUAGCCUUUUUUGAGUCUCUAGGAUUCCGUAUCCCACCGCGUAAAGGUGUCGCAGAUUUUCUCCAAGAGGUGACCUCCAAAAAGGAUCAAGCUCAAUAUUGGGCGGAUCCUUCGAAGCCAUAUCAGUUUAUUCCUGUCUCAGACAUAGCGGCUGCAUUCCGUAACUCGAAAUACGGGCAUGCUGCAGAUUCCAAGCUGGCCACACCAUUUGAUAAGUCAUCCGCGGAUCCUUCAGCUUUAUGCAGAACAAAAUUUGCCAUUUCAGGAUGGGAAAACCUUAAAGUUUGCUUUGUAAGAGAAAUACUAUUGAUCAACCGGCACAGAUUUCUUUACACUUUUAGGACAUGCCAGGUUGCAUUUGUGGGACUUGUCACAGCCACGGUGUUCUUGAGAACUAGACUACACCCAACAAGCGAACAAUUUGGCAACGAGUAUCUAUCUUGCCUUUUCUUCGGGCUAGUGCACAUGAUGUUCAAUGGUUUCUCUGAACUGCCUCUCAUGAUAUCCCGUCUCCCGGUUUUCUACAAGCAAAGGGAUAACUCCUUUCAUCCUGCUUGGUCCUGGUCUAUCGCCAGCUGGCUGUUGCGUGUGCCUUAUUCUAUCCUUGAAGCUGUUGUCUGGAGUUGUGUAGUAUACUACAGUGUGGGACUUGCUCCCUCAGCAGGCAGAUUUUUCCGAUAUAUGUUACUCCUCUUCUCGGUGCAUCAAAUGGCUCUCGGUUUAUUUCGGAUGAUGGCUUCUCUAGCAAGGGACAUGGUCAUUGCUAAUACAUUUGGAUCCGCAGCAAUAUUAAUAGUGUUCUUGCUUGGUGGAUUCGUUAUUCCAAAAGCUGAUAUUAAACCCUGGUGGGUUUGGGGUUUUUGGGUCUCGCCGUUAUCCUAUGGACAACGUGCCAUUGCGGUCAAUGAGUUCACAGCCACACGGUGGAUGUCGCCAUCCGCUAUAUCGGAUACUUCAAUCGGAUUCAACCUUCUAAAGCUAAGGAGUUUUCCCACAAAUGACAAUUGGUAUUGGAUUGGAAUUGCGGUUCUCAUUGGUUAUGCAAUUCUAUUCAACAACGUUGUCACUCUAGCCUUGGCUUAUCUUAACCCUCUAAGAAAAGCUCGAGCAGUUGUUUUAGACGAUCCUAAAGAAGAAACUCAAACUGCUUUAGUAGCAGAUGCAAAUCAAGAAAAAAGUCAGAAAAAGGGAAUGAUCCUUCCAUUCAAACCAUUAACAAUGACUUUCCACAAUGUCAACUAUUAUGUUGAUAUGCCAAAGGAAAUGCGUUCUCAAGGUGUCCCAGAGACAAGACUACAGCUGUUAUCAAACGUGAGUGGAGUCUUCUCACCUGGUGUUCUUACAGCUUUAGUUGGAUCAAGCGGUGCGGGAAAAACUACAUUGAUGGAUGUUCUUGCGGGCCGAAAGACAGGUGGAUAUACCGAGGGAGAUAUUAGAAUCUCUGGUCACCCAAAAGAACAACAAACAUUUGCUAGAAUCUCUGGAUAUGUUGAGCAGAACGAUAUCCAUUCUCCUCAAGUCACAGUUGAAGAGUCCCUAUGGUUUUCGGCUAGCCUUCGUCUUCCUAAAGAGAUCAGUAAAGAACAGAAAAAGGAAUUUGUGGAAGAAGUGAUGAGACUUGUAGAGCUUGACACUCUGAGAUAUGCAUUGGUAGGUUUACCUGGUACAACCGGACUUUCUACAGAGCAGAGGAAACGUCUAACAAUUGCUGUUGAGUUAGUAGCAAAUCCAUCAAUAAUUUUCAUGGAUGAACCAACAUCUGGACUUGAUGCAAGAGCAGCUGCAAUUGUGAUGAGAACUGUAAGAAACACUGUUGACACCGGAAGAACAGUGGUUUGCACCAUUCAUCAACCCAGCAUUGACAUUUUCGAGGCCUUUGACGAGCUGCUUCUAAUGAAACGAGGAGGACAGGUUAUAUAUGGUGGGAAAUUGGGUACACACUCACAAGUUCUGGUAGACUACUUUCAGGGGAUUAACGGAGUACCUGCAAUCUCAAGUGGUUACAAUCCAGCUACUUGGAUGCUUGAAGUAACCACACCUGCUUUGGAAGAGAAAUAUAACAUGGAGUUUGCAGAUUUAUACAAGAAAUCUGACCAGUUUAGAGAAGUGGAGGAAAACAUCAAGCAACUUAGUGUUCCACCAGAAGGCUCAGAGCCAAUAAGCUUUACUUCAAGAUAUUCACAAAACCAACUAUCUCAAUUUCUACUCUGCCUCUGGAAACAGAACCUUGUCUACUGGAGAAGUCCAGAAUACAAUCUCGUGAGAUUAGUCUUCACAACGAUCGCUGCGUUUAUACUCGGCACAGUUUUCUGGGACAUUGGUUCCAGGAGGACUUCCUCACAGGAUUUGAUCACUGUAAUGGGAGCUCUCUACUCGGCUUGUCUGUUUCUUGGAGUUAGUAACGCUUCAUCGGUACAACCAAUCGUUUCAAUCGAAAGAACAGUUUUCUACAGAGAGAAAGCCGCCGGUAUGUAUGCUCCAAUUCCAUAUGCAGCUGCUCAAGGUCUUGUGGAGAUACCUUACAUUCUCACCCAAACCAUUCUCUAUGGUGUCAUCACAUACUUCACCAUUGGUUUUGAAAGAACAUUGAGCAAGUUUGUACUGUAUUUGGUGUUCAUGUUCCUCACAUUCACCUACUUCACCUUCUACGGCAUGAUGGCGGUUGGUCUCACCCCGAAUCAGCAUUUAGCCGCUGUUAUCUCCUCUGCGUUUUACUCUCUCUGGAAUCUCCUCUCCGGUUUCCUCGUCCAAAAACCUUUGAUUCCAGUGUGGUGGAUAUGGUUCUAUUACAUAUGUCCAGUGGCGUGGACACUUCAAGGAGUAAUCCUUUCACAGCUUGGUGACGUGGAGAGCAUGAUCAACGAGCCAUUGUUCCAUGGCACAGUCAAAGAAUUCAUUGAACUUUACUUCGGCUACAAGCCAAACAUGAUCGGUGUAUCUGCUGCAGUUCUUGUCGGUUUUUGUGCUCUCUUCUUCUCAGCAUUUGCACUUUCAGUCAAAUACCUCAACUUCCAGCGAAGAUAAAAGUCGUAUGUGACUAACUUUUAUAUUUUUGGCCAAUGUCAUUUGUGUUCCGUUUUAAGAAUAGCUAGGAUUCUUUUUUAAGUUAGUUUUUUUGACAUUGACGAAAAAAACAUACCUAAAAAAGAUUCUGUUUUGCU